UGCUGUAUAUAUAGAGAGAGGGAGCCGCCGCCGCCGAAGGAGGGAGGGAGAGAUUCGAUCGGCAGCCAUGGAGUCGGGCUUCCGCUUCGGCUUCUCCGACGACGACGUGGCGUCGGCGAGCUCGCUGACGGUGGGGGAGCGGCUGUGCGCGGCGUUCCUCCCCUUCGUCGCCAUUGCCGAGGCCGUCUUCUUCGCGCUCACCGACUGCCUCGCCGACCUCUUCCCGCCCUCGCGCCGCCGGUCCGCCGCGUCCUCCUACCUCGCCGCCGUCGCCAAGAGGAGGGGCUACCAGCAGCAGCAGCAGCAGCAGCAGCGCGGCAGGGUCGGCGUCGGCGUUGGCUGCACCUCCCUCAGCCUCGGCCAGCUCGCCCGCCUCGCCGACGAAUCCAGAUGCUUCUCCGUGAACGAGGUGGAGGCGCUGUUCGAGCUCUACAAGAAGAUCAGCUGCUCCAUCAUCGACGACGGGCUCAUCCACAAGGAAGAGCUCCAGCUGGCAUUGUUUAAGACUCCAAGCGGUCAGAAUCUUUUUCUUGAUAGGGUUUUUGAUUUGUUUGAUGAAAAGAAAAAUGGUGUAAUAGAGUUUGAUGAAUUUAUUCACGCUCUUAGCGUCUUCCAUCCAUUGGCACCUUUGGAAGACAAGAUAAAUUUUGCAUUUAGGAUGUAUGACUUGAGACAAACUGGAUUUAUUGAGCGUGAGGAGGUUAUGCAAAUGGUUAUUGCUAUUUUGACAGAAUCUGAUAUGAAAUUGUCAGAUGAACUUCUCGAGGCCAUUAUUAAUAAGACAUUUGAAGAUGCUGAUGCUGAUAGGGAUGGAAAAAUAAACCAACAAGAAUGGAAAGAAUUUGUAUUACGACAUCCGAAUCUAUUGAAGAACAUGACACUACCCUAUCUAAGGGACAUCACAACGGUUUUCCCUAGCUUUGUCUUCAACACUGCCGUUGAAGAUUGAACAUAAUCUAGGGAUCACUUGAAGGUUGAACCGCACAUGAUCCCCACAAGAUGGUGACAUGUUGCCUGACUUUGUGCUGCAUGAUUCUGGACCAGCUCCCAGGAAUCAGAUAUAAGCUCAUCAUGAGCGCGCACUGAAGAACCAAAAAUGGUGAUUGUUAAUCAAGAUUAAUGCCUUGUGAGACUCAAAUUUUGCUGCAAACCAAGGCUCAUUUAUAACAGCAAAUUGUCAAACCUAGCAAAUAGUUGAGUUCGUGUACAUACAUCCUUUCAGUAGUUCAGGACUCAGGAGCAAGUAGUGAGCAGCUGUAUAUAUGAUUGAUUGUAUUGGGAAAAUUCAAGUUUUUGUAUGCAGGUCAGCAAAUCAUUUUGAUUCUAGUUUUUGUUACAUAUAAUAUCUUCUGACCGGAGAUUGCUAACAUCUGAUGUUCAUCACUGAGACGGUCUACAUUGGGUCAUGCUCUCUACUUCAUUCAUGCA